UAGGAUUUUCACAGGAUUGUGGGAUCGACCUUGAAGCGUAGAAAGUUGCAUAAAAACUUAUUACAGAAUCAAUGCAGAAAAUAAGCUAUUUAUCACUACCACAAAAAUAAUUAAAACAGCCGAUACUUUCAUUGAAGCUGAACUUCUUUGCUUGGCUAACAAGCAACUUUAAAAAACUGGAAUAGAGAAAGUAUUGUAGUGGUUGUGUAAUAGUACAAACUGAUGCCCGAAGAGCCGUAUCUGUAGUUUUUUUAAUUCUAAAAAUUCACAAUGACAGCAUCCGGAGAUCAGACAAGGAGUUUCGACAUGAAUGCCGCAACCCAACCACCAAUAAAAAGUUCGGAAAAUAAAUUUUUCAAAAAUAUUUUUUCAUUCAGAAAACAAACAGGUAACAAUACAACUCCGAAUAUAAACGAGAGCCAAUCCGAUAACGAAAAAAUCGCAAUGAAAGAUAUCAGAUCGCAUUGCAAUUCGGAAAUAAUACCUAAAACAGAAUUCGAGAAAUUCACUCCGACCAAUCAGUUGAAAAGAUGUAUGUCGGAAACCAAUUUAACAACCGUUCCACACCGAAAUGGUUCCGCAGUAUUUAUCAUACCGAUGCCAAACGAAUGUGAGAAAUCAGCCGCAUCCAUCUUAAGUAUGGACUCGUGUCUCAGGGGCGAUAUGACUAAUAGCUCGUUUACUUUAACUGCAGAGGGUCUGAGUUUAGAUUCGGGUGUUUACGACUACAUAGAUUCGUCGACUCCACCCUAUAACUUAAACGAUAAAAAAGAAUCCUUCGAAAGUAAGGAAGAAACGACAUUCUCUUUGGCUUUUCAAGUCUUCGUGCCUUUUAUCAUCGCAGGAAUCGGGACCUGUGGCGCUGGACUUGUCUUGGACUUAUUACAACAUUGGUAUGUUUUUCGUGAAGUGAGUGAAUUAUUUAUAGUUGUACCCGCCUUGUUAGGUUUAAAAGGUAAUUUAGAGAUGACUUUAGCUUCUCGAUUGUCCACUCAAGCCAAUAUAGGUAAUUUAAAUACUGUGAAAGAUGCACUGACGAUGGGUUGGGGCAAUAUGGCAUUGAAGUUGGCACAAGCCACAGUUAUGGGUUUUAUUGCGACGGCAUUUGCUGUUGUUAUGGAUACAAUUAAUGCGGGAUCUUUUGACUAUCAACACGCUUUGUUAAUCGGUUGCAGUAGCAUCUCGACAGCGGCCAUUACUACGAUUGGAUUAGGUACAAUUACUACAACAGUGGUUUUUUUAUCUCAUCGCUGCAAAAUUAAUCCCGACAACAUCGCAACGCCUGUUGCUGCUUCUCUGGGAGAUAUCACUACUUUAGGAAUUUUGGCACUUAUUGCUAGAGAACUUUACCUUACUCCAGACAAUAUUGUCAUUCCGGCUACUGUGAUGGGAAUUUUAAUCUUUUUGGUACCUGUUUGGAUCUAUUUUGCCAAGAAAAAUAUUUACACCAGACAGUUGAUUUUAACUGGAUGGCUUCCCGUCAUUGCUGCUGUCGCCAUUACCAGUGCCGGUGGUUACAUUUUAGAAAUCGCUGUAAAGAAUUACGAAGGAAUGGCCGUCUUUCAACCCGUCAUAAAUGGAGUGGGUGGUAAUUUAGUCGCCGUUCAAGCUAGUCGAAUCGCUACUUACUUUCACCAAAGAUCCAAACUAGGAACAAUGCCUAGUAGUAGUAGUAAAUUAUGUAUAUCUCCUUGUACAGCAUUCUUCGGAAAACAUGAUCAUUCACGCACAGCUAAAAUUCUCAUGUUAAUGGUGAUUCCCGGACAUUUGAUAUUUUCUUACAGUAUUCAUUUAAUUAAACGUGGCCAAACCAGCCUCACACCCGUUUUUCUACCUAUUUAUUUGGUAGCCACUCUUUUACAGGUGGCGAUUUUAUUGUACAUUGCUCACAUAAUGAUCCACGUGAUGUGGAGGUGGAAGAUCGAUCCGGAUAAUUCGGCAAUUCCGCUUUUAACCGCAUUAGGGGAUCUUCUUGGAACAGGUCUUUUAGCCACUGCAUUUUAUUUUUAUACCCAAAUUGAUAAUGACGCUGUUGUUUUGACUACUCUAUCACCGACUGACAUUCCCAUGAAUAUCACAGCAUCUGAUAUUUUCUAAUUCUACGAACAUAAAUAAACAUGUUAUUAUAUAAAA